AUGCCACCAACACAGCCGCAAACAGACGCGACCCAUUGGGCUGUGCUCAUUGGCGUCAAUUUCUACGCCAAUACCCAAGACAACACACUCCAGGGCGCCGUUAACGAUGUUGAGGCCAUGGGGGAAUUCUUUUCUCAGUGGCCCCAUGUCAAGGUCUCAAAGCUCACAGCCUCCAAGAGACCAGCUGGACAGUGCCAAGACAUGCCCACCGAGGACCCCCAAGAUCAAGCAACGAUAGAAGAUGUCUCGGCUAUCCUGAGAGAAGUUAUAGAUGCAGGCACUCUCAAAACGAUCAAAAAUGUGUACAUCCACUUUUCGGGUCAUGGAAAGAAGAACGGCGGGAGGGAAUUGUGUCUUGGUCUUUAUCGGCCAGACUCACGUCUCAGCAUCGACUAUACGACCAGCAUGCUCAAGGAAGACAUCGAUAAGAUGGUCGAUCAAGGCAUGAAAGUCACUGUGAUGCUGGAUUGCUGUUUCUCUGCGGGCGUUAAGCGAACCGGCCACUUUGUCUUGGGAGAAGUCCGCUUCCUCGAGGGUGAACUGGGCAUGGAGGAGGACGAAGAACCCAAAUUCGACGCUCUUUCUCCCCAAGAGACAUCGAAAAAAUUGCGAAGCGCAAGAUUGAAAGUUGACCGUCUGCUUGAUGCUCGAGGUUACACCAUCAUUACUGCCUGUAGCCAAAACGAACAAACAAUAGAAAUCGAGGUGGGAAGUGAGCGAAGAGGCGCUCUCAGUCAUUUGCUUCUCCGCUCCUUGCAGCUCCUGAAAAGCGAAGGCUUUCAAGUCACCCUCGCUACGUUGCAUGAGAACCUCCAGAAUCAGUUUCGAUCUCUCGGUCUUAACCAUGUUCCUCGUCGUUAUGGUAGCAGCAAUAUUUGCUUCUUCGAGAGUCUACUAUCUGGGCCCGACGCCGUCUUUACUUCUGUCUUCUUUGAUGACAACACGAAAGAGUACAUUCUCAAUGUUGGUCAGGCUCAUGGGGUUUGUGUUGGCGACAAGUAUGAAGUGGCGGCAUGGUGGACAUCGGAGGAUGUGCAAUCUCGAUCAAAGGAGCAGCCCGACGAGUUUGUCGUUGAGACGACACGAAGUCUCACUUCAGUCAUCAAACUCAUUGGAUCUUCCAAAGAAGACGAUUCAGAGUUGCGUUCUUGGAAGGCCAGGCCUGUCAGCUUCUCCUCGCGUCAAAGGAUUACGGUGCACAUAACGGAUUCCUUACCCCAGGCUGACCGAGAGCAGCUACGACAAAGCCUGUCGAACAAUCCAGUCCUCGAAAUCUCUGUUACAGAGAAGCCUCUAGAUUUGCCAACUUUCAAUGUUGAGCUAGACGCUGAAAAUGCAUUCCGGGUGCUGGAUGGCGCAGCUGCGCCGAUACCCAACGUGCCGUGCACCGAGAGGAGCGCAGAACACUCGAUGGAUUCUCUGGCGCAAACCUUGGAACAUCUGGCCAAGUUCAAAUUUCUUCAGGGAUUCAAGAACCUAUCUCCAGAAGCCGAGUUUGAGAGACUAUUUUCCAUGACUUGCGCCGAUGAGUCCGGGGACGAUGGCCGGUACCAUAUUACAGAUGGCCAGACUUGGAGGCUUGAUUUCGAAAAUUUGGGACCUGAGCCCCUCUUUGUGCACAUUUUCAACAUGUGUUCUUCUUGGAGCGUCAAAGAUAUUAUCCGGGACGAAGGUGAGGACCCUGACGGGUUUGAAAUCGCCCCAGGGUCUAAAUUCCCCCUUUGCUUGGAGAUGGAAAUUCCCGAGCAGCAUCUGCCUCGCACUGAAGAAGUGUUGAAGCUCAUUGUCACGAGCAAACCAACUCGAUUUCCCAUUCUCAGUCUCCCUGAAAUUGGCGACAGUGGAAUGACUCGUGGAUCUGAUGGAUUCAACGAGUUUCACGAUUUCGUAUUCUCAGGCCUGGGGGCAAUGAGAAAUGACCGAGAUGCGAAGUGGUCAACCAAGACCUUUACUAUUGUAAUCAGCAGCCAAGAAGCCCCGUGUGCUUAA